CCGAGAUUCAGAUGCGUACGGCCCAGCCCAGCCCAGCCUGCGCCGGGAUGGAUGCGGGAGCAGGCCGCGUGGGGGUGGGGUACUGCACUGCACCCCAGGCCGCCCGCACCCAACGCACGUACGUACGUACAUGCUUGACACACGCGCUGCCAGUGGUGGUGCGGUGGUGGUCCCGUGAGCGAGAGGGCAGCCGCAACCCAAGGAAGAAAGGAAAGAGGGGUCAGCGGCACCAACGAGCGAAUGAACGAGCCCGCGGGCCCGGUGGGUACGGUACAUACAUAACACCAGCAGCUGCUGAACUGUCUGUCGUGCCGCGUGCGUUGCCUUGUGCGCCUUUGAACAUCACUUCCCUUGCCUUUCCCCCCAAUUGAACCAACUAAACCAACUAAAACCCCGCCAUCGAUCUUCACCUUCUUAUUCUUACCCUUUCUUUCUUCUUUUCCCGACUCCCUGUGCCACCACUUACUGCCCUGCUGCACUUUACGUACAGACGCCAAUAUGCGUGCCGCCAGGUACUACGGCAAGGAAGACAUCCGCAUCGAGCAGGUCCCCGAGGAACCGACGGGGCCUGGCCAGGUGAAGAUCGCACCCGCGUACGUGGGCAUCUGCGGCACCGACCUCCACGAAUUUACCGCAGGAGCAUGCUUUGCGCCCGCCAAAGAGCCACACCCCAUCACCGGCGAGACGGUGCCCAUCACGCUGGGGCACGAGUUCUCGGGCGUCAUCAGUGAGGUGGGGGAAGGUGUGGCGGGCCUGCGCCAGGGCCAAAAGGUCGUCGUACAGCCUACGCUAGCGUGUGGCGUCUGCGGUGCCUGCAAGGUCGGCGUCCAGACGGCCUGCUACAACGGCGGCUUUAUCGGCCUGUCUGGCGGCGGCGGCGGGCUCAGCGAUGCGGUUGUCGUGCCGGCCCACGCCGUCGUCGAGUUGCCAGACAGCGUGCCGCUGGACAUUGGCGCGCUCGUCGAGCCGCUGGCUGUGGCAUGGCAUGCUGUAGCUGCGGUCGAUAUCCGCGCGGAGAACACGGUGCUGGUGCUUGGUGGUGGCCCGAUUGGCCUCGCUGUUGUGCAGUGCUUGAGUGCGAUGAAGGUGAAGAAGAUUAUCGUGAGUGAGAUCGCGGCGAGCAGGCAGAGGUUUGCGAGAGAUUUUGGAGCCCAUCACGUCAUGUGUCCGCAGACGUAUAAUAUGGCGGUAAUGAGCAAGGAGCUGAGUGGCGGAGACGGACCAGAUUAUGUGUUUGACUGUGCUGGUGUGCCGGCAAGCCUCAAGACCGCCUGCCAAGCCGUAAAAGCCCGCGGCACAGUCGUCAACGUCGCCAUCUGGGACAAGGAAGUCCCCUUCCAGCCGAACCUUCUCGUCUUCAAAGAAGCGAACUACACCGCCGUACUCGGCUACGACCGCAAGGACUUUGAAGCAGUGAUCCAAAAUCUGGACAAAGGAACGCUGAAGCCCAGACGCAUGAUCACGCGCCGUAUCCAGCUAGAAGAUCUUGUCGAGGAGGGCUUCAUGCCUCUCAUCAAGGAGAAAGACAGGAAUGUCAAGAUCCUGGUGGAAAUGGCGCCGUACCUCGAGCGGAGGGACUCCACGCGUUAGUGCGAAUGGUGCUAUAGGUACUGGCGUUUCUAAAUUCCUGUGUGUAUAUAUCAGUUUCCAUGUGCAUGGUUUAAUACGAUGUUGUGUACGGAUCAGUCUCUUGC